AGGGGGUUGAUAUGCUCAAAAGUGCAGAACACACAGCAGUGCUGCAUGCACGCAAACUUGGAAUGGGCUGAAAAGCACCACUGUUACAUAAAAGACUGUAUUCAAAACCACUGAAGCGAGACCAAUGAAAUUUGUUUAGAAGUUAGAACAUGAUAUGAUGAGCUUCCUAUUCCAAUACAUUUCACUGAGAAUAAUUUUUUUUUUUUGAAGUAAUUUAGCCGCAUAUCAGAGGGACAUUUUUUUGGGACGCACUUUGUAGACACACACUCAUAAUGGUAAAGUAAAUAAAUUAUGCAUAACAAACUCAGACACAAAAUAAUUUUUCCUUUCUUCCACUUUGAAUCCCAAAACCUAAAGUGUGCAGGCCCCCAAUCCAAUUUAUUUUUGUUUUCUCUGUUGCAGCAUAUUAAAUUACAGAAAAAUACAUGUAUGCUGCAGAAUUAGAGCAAUAUAAAAAGGGGGAAACAAACAAAAGUAAUUUUCAAAAAAUACAAUACAAAAAGAAAACAAAAAUGAUUCAAAAGGAGAGAAAUAAAACAAACAAAAAAGAAAUGAAAGAAAAAAAGAAAAACAAAGAACAGGAAAAAAAAUUAAUAGAAAAAAUUUAGAGAAAAGAAAAACAAAAGAACACAAAAGAAAAAUGUAUCAAACAAAAUGAAAAGAAAAAUGGGGGGGGGGAUCUAAAGAAGCCAUUAUGAUUACAAAUACAUUUUUAAAGCUGUGGUAAGUCUUCUGACUGGAAUAUAAUUCAAUGCCAAGAUAAUAUUUUUCACUUGCCUUUUGGGAAUGGGGCAUUUCUAUUUCUAUAUCCUUUAGUUUGUAUUAUUAAUUAUUUUUUGGUCAGUAGCAGUAGCAACAUAUUUUUUAAUCAGGCAAAGUCAAUGUGAAGGGCAGGGCUUGACAUUAGCAGUGGCCCGGGGCAACCAAAAAUGAGAGUCCGGCCACCAAAAUUCUGUAAAUGCCAACACUCGGUGACUCUGUUGGGCUACCAAAGUUUUGAUAAAUUGUAAUGUUUUCUAUUGUGUUCAGGCCACUAGAUUAGCUUUGCGAGCCACCAAAAAAAUGAAAUUGAUGAAUUUGGUGAACCGAUCGGACCAUAAAAAAAAAGGUAGUGUGGAGCCUUGGGAAGGAGAAUAAAUAGUUUAAACAUUGUCAAAAAAUAACAAUAAGUAGGAAGCAGGGCAAAAGUUAUCUGGAAAAAAAAGUGUGAGAAAAGACCUUCCCUUAUGUGCCAAAAUAUUGAAAAGAAAUCCACAUUUCAUAUCAAUGGAAUGCCUUCCCAUAGUACUAGUUUUUACUUUCUCAAGAGUGGUUUAAAAAGUCCUUUAUAAAUGAUAAAGAAAAAAAACUAUCUGUUUUUGGCUAGAAAAGACACAGCUUCGAAAGAAACCAAGCAUCAACACACAUAUAGAUGCACAUGUGGGACUGUAAUGUACUCACCUGUGUGUUUUUGUGUGUAUUAAUUAAUUUGGAUCGUGAUUUUUUUAAGUCAAAAGAGGGGUCAAAAUUCCUCCUUUUAAUGCUUGCAAAUAAUCAGGGUACACCAGAUUUUAGCAAUAUGGACUGUAGAAGGGUAUUUCAUUGGUGUGAAAUGUGGCUUUGACUUAGAUUUUCAAAAUUCUGUGGAAGAUUUCUUAGCAACAACAUUUUGUAUCGCAGCUCCCUGAGUCUGUAGGCUGCGAGCUGCAAUGGCUUUAAGCUCAUGCCGACCGGCUGAUAGCAGUGUUUUAGCGGUGUGUAUUGUCAUGACUUUGUGUGUAGAUCAAAUAAAAAGUCGCUUGACGAACUGGCUUGCAAUUUGAACUGUAGAAAGUUGAUAAAUGUGUGAAAAAUCAGAGAAAAAUUGUGCCACUUUAAAAAUUAUUGCCCGAUUCGGGUCAUCAAAACUUUUUCAAAAUUUUUCAAUAAUGGUUGCCCGAGGUAAAUUUCUGAUGGCCCAGGGCUACCCCUAAUGUCGAGCCUUGUUUACCAGUUGUUGUAUGUUCGGAUGCAUAGGUUGUCCCGAAAAAAUGGUAAUUUCAGGAUAUUUUGUGAUCAAUAUUCAUUACACAAUUGAAAGUACUAACAGAAAAUAUUUUUAUUGGGAUUCAUUGCUCAAUUAAAUUUUUCAAUUCUCACUCAUGGGUAGCAUGAAGUCUCUUGUAUGUCUUAGGAAAACCUUAUAGACCCAUAAUCCUCUGAUCAAUCAACAUCGGUCAUUUGGUGGCACAUGUACUUUGAAAUGCACAAAUUAAAAUCUGUGUUUGAUCUGACUGAAAUUCUAUAGAUAUAUAUGUAUAUUUUUCACUUUAGGUCGGACCACAAAGACUGCAAACAACUAGAGAAGAAAGAAAAGAAGAAGAAGAAAACCAAACAGAGACUUGAGGUAGCUGCCACUAAGAUCAAGAUUCCUGUUCGAACGACGAGUAGAGGGCGUCCUGUAUACAAACCCAACAUUCUUCAGAUCAAGUUGACCAGUGACACACGCACCAAGAAAUCCAAGAGAAGGGCAGCACUGCAGAAACAGCAGGAUGCCAUCAAGAAAAUUAAGAUCAAAACACAGGAGGGCACCGAACCAGCAGUCACAAAGAGAAAAAGGGGACGACCCAGAGGGAAGCGGAAAGUACCCAGUGACAAUGUACCUUAUAAGGAGCCGAGGGAAAUGAAGGUUAUUUGGCAAUCUGAAGAUGAUGACGAUGAAUUCUUUGAUGAUGAAGAUGCUGAUGGUGAUUACAUGCCCGCUGGACACAGAAAGUCUUCAUCAUCCUCUUCCUCUUCGGCAUCUUCUCCUAGGGGCCUAGCAAAACUAGCAGCUGAUACAGAAUUGAGCGAUGGUGAGCUGAGUGACCUUUUAACUCCACAGACCAAGCGCAAACCAACCCAGCGAGGAAGAAAGCGUGUGAUAAGAAGAGGAGAAAAGCUCCCUCCCAAGAAGAGAAAAUAUUUGGAUAAAACCAGAUUAAAGGGAGAGACUUGGUAUCGUUGUCGCAUCAAGAAGAUGAUGAAAUAUGCCAAGCGAUUCCAGUGCAAGAUCUGCCUUCUGGAAGUCCGUUUUAUUACCCAAGUCAUCGACCACAUCCAGAACGAGCAUCCUGACCAGAUUGCUGGAUUCCGUACGUCCCUAGGUCCCCACUUUGAAAGAUGUGGUCUAACAGUGGUCUGGAGUCUCCCGGAGCUGGAUACUUCUUCUUCAAGGAGUACUCCCGGAACAGGUAGAAGUGAGGGUUCUGUCAAGAAUGUGACAGAUGCACCUGAUGAUGAGAGUACGUCGGCACUAAAGCUUUCUAAUGAUAAGAAUGGAGGAGAGGAUGAGAGAGAAGGUGGGGAGGGAUUUCCCAUGGGUGGGGGUAUUCUGAAGGGUGGUUAUAUGUCUUUGUUGGUUGGUGAUGAGGCAAAUACUUCAGCUCGUGUAGGUGAAGCCCAAGAGGGUGAUAAAGAACCUGACACCAACAGCAAGAAGGCAGAUGAAGGAGACAAAGAGGGUGAUGUCAAUGAAAGUGGUGAUCGAAGAGCUGUUGCUGUUCGAGAAGAUGGCCAGACAGAUGAUCUCUUCAAAGAUCGCCAGGAUGAUCCUCGGGUUACGAAUCUCGAGGAGGAUGUCGAUGUGUUGUAUGAACUCCAAGGCUGGGUAGUUAUCAUGAUAGAAUGCCCAGACUGUCAAGAAUAUGUCAGUAUAUACAGCUUGCCCAAACACCAGUUCCUACAUAACAAACCGAAGCAGGAACACGAGUGUGAUGUCUGCCACAAAGUAUAUAGGCGCCUCAACCUGCUGCGCAAUCACCAAAAACGUCAUCAAGAGAAACCCCCAAAACCCCUUGAAGAAAAGACUUUCAUGUGUGAGCUUUGUGGCGAUGUUUUUAGAAAGGCGAAAUACUUAAAGAAUCACCAGCUCCGUCACCAAGGUAACCUUCCAUUUGUCUGCAAGAUAUGUGACCGACGGUUCCUUUUCCAGAGACAGUUGAAACGGCAUGAUAUAAUCCAUCGAGAUGUGAAACCUAUUCUGUGCCAGGAAUGUGGACGUGGAUUUGUACAGCGUUCACAACUCAAUGCUCACAUGCGUCAACAUACUGGAGAGAAACCUUAUAAGUGUGACCUGUGUGAGAGAGCGUUCACCCAUAAUGUCUCUCUUAAGACACACAAGAAGCGAGACCAUGGCGUCCAGGUGGGGAAGUGCGCCAAUCCUCAUCUAGGACGUCCAAAGAUGAGCGGGGAGGGUGCACCCAAGACCAAAGGCACCAGAGCAGCAUCAUCUAGAAAGGCAUCCCAAGCAAGGAACCAGACAGUCAUCAACAACCCUCCAACAUCACAGUAUUCAGAAUGCAGGAUGGUCAAUCCUGGUAUGAACCAUCUCCCACUCGGUCUCGUUAUCAACCCUGAAAGACAAGGUAUGGAUCUAAGCAUAGAUUCUUCAGACAGCCCUCCAGGGAUGGACAGUAACAGAGGAGCCCCCAUGCAGAGUAGGACCGCUGACCGAUCCCAUCGAGAGAGGCAGGCCUCCAUGGACAGACAAAGCACAACAAUGCACAACAUGGACACCCACUCCAGACCCAACCACAGCGAAAGUCAUAGCAACAUGGAGCAUCUAGGAAACCCCCAUAUAGAGAGAUCUGUGAUCAACAUGGAGAGGCAUACUGGAAAUGGAGAAGGGAACAACAGUGCAAAUAGCGGAGGAAGCCAUAACUCCCACCCUCAUUUUGAUCGUGCCAUGGCCAUGCCGUUGAUUGAGAGAUCUCUUCCCAGUCACCUGAUAGACAGGCAGGGACUUUCCCCUCCCAUUGAUACCAGACCAGGCAAUGCUCAUAGUCACCACAUGGAUCAUCACCACCAUCAGGGUGGGAUCCCCCUUAUAGCCAGACCAGACCUGAACCAACAUCUUAUGAGGCAAAAGAAAGGGAAGGAAUUAGAGAUGCCUCCCCAUCAGAACAACCCCUCCCAUCCACCAUAUCCUUGGGGAGCAUGGGGCAAUGUGGGCGAAGGAAUGGGCAUGAGGUUCCCUGUAUUCCCACAAUAGACAGAAAAGCAUCUAGUAAACAAGGGACUUACAUGUACUUCAUAGAGCUGUUCUUAAAGAUAUGCAUGACUCUUCAAAUGACUGGAAUAUGAACUGCCAAAUCUAAGGCCACAGUUUUCCCUGACAAUGUCACAAAGUUUCACUGUAUUUUGAAAGAUUCAGUCUAUUGUUGUAAAUAUUCUUUUCACUAAAAUGUGCGUUAACAGUCAGAAUGUUUACCCUAUACCUAGUAUCAAAAUCAAUUACGACUAAUCAAGAAGCACACUUAGCUUGCCAUAUUCCAGUUGUUUGUAGAGUCAUUCAUAUUUUUUCAAACGGUUUCUGAAACCCCAUUAUCUCACUCUGUAGAACCAUCACCUAUGGUACAUAACUGACAUACUUUGGUUUUAUUUGUUAUUGCAAACUCUAUUUGUGUGCAUUUACAUGUAGAUUUAUUGAGAUAAAUAGAUAGUCUAUUGGUUUAGCUGUUGGCCUGAUAUAUCAAUUUACACUGCUCUGGAGCACUGUUGGUGAUCAAGGUUCUUAAAUGGAUCAGCUAGAAAAAAAAUUGAGGCAUGUCAAAUGGUUAAUUUAGGAUGUGUUACAGAUUUGCCAUUUCAGAAGUAAUCUUCUGUUGUAUAUUGAAUGCUGUGGCCAUAUAAACAUAAGAGAUCUAUGGACUAACUUGAAGAGAACAAGAAAUUUAUUGUAUAUGAGAGCCAUGUCCAAAAAAAGAAAAAAUGAGAAAAAAAGCUUUAUGUGUUUCUUCUGUAGCAUUUUAAGCUUGGUUUCAUGAAAGGCUAAAAUUUGUCACUUCCCAGAAAAUAUCAAAGAUUUUUUCUUAAUGUUUACAUCUGAAGUGACACAUUCUAAAUUUUACCAAAUAUUUGUAAUCUUUCUUGCCAUGAAACUAGAGUUUUUUUCUCCACAGUUUAGUUUCAUGCCACAUCAGUUUUUGAUCAUGUUUGUUAUUGAACAAUUUCUUUGUCAUUUUCAUUAACAAAGUAUAAUAUUAACUGCAUGUAGUGUUGAAAAAUAAGCAUUUUCUAUUGUAUAUAGUACUGAGCCAAUGUAUUAACACAUAGUCUAUGAUGCUUUUUACAGAUUUAUUCAAGCAGCCAAAAGUGGUAAAUUGUGCACAUAUUUGCCAAGUUUCUUUUAAAAGUUGUGUCCCACAAAUAUAUGCACAACAACUGGUAAUUGUAAAGUGUAUCUUUGGUAAACAAUGUGUAAACUAGUGGCAAUCAAUUGUACUGUACAUAUUAAUUACAAUGCGUUUUGGGGCCCUGUUAUCAUACAUGUAGGUCAAUGGUCCAUAACUUGAUACAGUUCACCGAUGGACAGAAUAAUUACAUUUUCAGUCAUCAAAUCUAAAGAAGUAUUAAAAGUGUACAUUUAUGCACCAAAGAAUGAGAAAACGAAUCAGCAAGAUAAUACUGCAAAAUGAAUCAAGAUUUAAUGCAGCACUUAUGAGCUCAAAGCCUUGUUCAGCAUUUGGUAGACAUGGUUUAUGAAAAAUUUGCCUGUUUGAGAACUACAUAGGAGUCUGCUUUAGCCAACCUCCUCUAAGCUGAAUAAUCUAAGAUAGCCCAACCCCCUGGGUUGAUAUUCAUAAUGCCUUUUCUACUGUUACAAGUCUGUUUAAGCAAAUUGAAAACCAUUUUGUUAUAACUUGUGUGACAUUUCGUAUUUUGUUGUCUGCAUGUCAUUUGCAUACUUUAUGCCCUAUAUGAAUAACUUUUUGCAAAAAAAUCAUUAGUCCAAAAAUUUCUGCUUCAGAGAUGAAACAGAAGAGGUGAUAUUUUUACUUUGUAUGGAAUUGUCAAGGCUUUGAUGUUAUUGCGCAGCAUGUUUUUAUCUCAAUAAAAGGAAGUACAGUUCUGUUACUACUGACCCAUACAUGUAAAUUCACAAGAAAUGUCACCUCAUUUUGGAGAAAUAAGGCAGCACAAUGUAAUAGGUUUUCAAUUUUAUCUUUCAUCAAGUAGGUCACACUUGAAAUAAAAUGAGCGGAAAUCAUUAUACUUGUGUGAACACCUUGAAGUUUCACAGAUUUUGUGCGCCUUUGUUCGAUUGAGUGCUUUCAUUGGUUGUAGCAUUUAGAUGUCAACUCAAACAUUUUAAUUGGCUGUUAUCUUCGACUUGUAAUGCAAGUUAUGAUGUUUUUCAGAAUAGUAAAUUGUUAAUUAAUUUACUUACUCAAUCAAAUCAAUGACAGGAAUUAAGGUCUAAUAAUUAUUUUUCACCAAGUGUUUGAACAGUAUAAAGGAACUGACAUGAUGCAUAAGUUGUAUGCCCAAAAUAAUGGAUUAAGCAUAAAUUUUUAAGAGCAUAUGUUUAGACACUGUUUGAAUUUGUCUGUAGUAAAACAUAGUAUUAAGAGUAAGUUAUUAGAGUGUUAUAUUUACAUUAUGCUAGAUAUAAUAUUAUUUUUCAUUACUGGUGCUAUUUUUCUAUAAAGAAAUUUAAGCUGAUAACUAAAUUUCAAUAUAUUAUUUUAAAUAUGCAAUAAUUAUGGUGUUGAUUAUGUUUUUCAAAUUAGGUAUGGCUCUGAUGAAUUUGCCAUUAAUUAAACUGGUUAUACUUCACUAUUCAAAUUUUGCGCAAUACAACGAUAAAGCAAUGAAAUAUCUUACAUGGUGUAUGGAAAGUGUCAACUCAAUUGGUAAUGUUUUGAGAAAGAUGUGAUAUUGACAAAAUCAAUAUUUCACUAACAGAUGAUCCCUCUUCUCUUGUCAUUUUAAAGUCCAUCAAAUUAGACUCAAUGCCACCAUUCUGUAUGUAUUCAAAUCAAAGGCUCCUUGUUAUAAUAUAGGUAAAACUAGCAAGCUAUUUGGCCUGAUGGUGCUGUUUUCCAGAAGCAGUUCAACAGGUGAUUCUUAAGUGCCCCCAAACAAAACAAAAACAGGAAUGUUUGUGUGUGUGUGGGGGGGGGGGGGAUAGCGGGAGAAGAAAUACAGAAGAAAGAAGAUGGUUGAAAAGAGAGGAUGGGGUAUGGAUUUUUAUAUCACCCUUAUUUUUCAAUCAGAUAAAAAAAUAAUGAAUUGUAUUUCAUCUUGCCUCUCACCCCACCAAUCAAAACACCCUGGUACUGGUGCGGCUUCUAGGGUGUGGAGUGUGAUUUUUUUUUUCAUAUAGCAGGAGCUAUCACUCUUUCUUAUAAUGAUAACUAAUAGACAAUUUGAAUUCAAGAAAAUUAGUGUUAGAGUUGUGAAAAGAAAUGCAUUUGAAUAUUGAGGAAGUCGAGUGGUUAAAUCAUGCUGUAUGAUAAAUCAAAUAUUAGAAAUCUGUUGUGUUCAUUGUAUGGACUUAAUGAAAUGUCUAUGAAUAUGAAAUGUCUAUGCCAUUUUCCUACUUAUAAAAAGUGUGCUGCAGAUUUAAUUUGUGGGUUUUAAAGUGUUUGUUGUUUUUAAAAGAAAAUUAAUGGAAUUUAAUAGAAAUGUACUACUGGUGGCAUUGGAUACCAAAUAGAUCUGUUAUGAAAUGUAAAUGCGGAACAAAGGGUGAAUGGUCUGACAAGUCACUGACUGUAUUAUGUACUUCUCUAUGCUACAAAAGCAAAUUGUAGAUAGAUGCCAAUCUGAAUAUUUCUGCAUGAUCUUAUUUUUGGGGGUGAAGGAUAAUAAUAUGUCUGCUGUUCAUCCACAUUUUGACAUUAAGUCUGAGGAAUUCAUAUUUCUAAUUGGAAAGCAUAUAAUAGAUUAUCCUGUGCAUCAUAAAAGAAGGAUAAUCAAGUAAUUUGCAUUAUAGAAGAGCAUGUCAUCAAAGUUCAAUCAAAGCAGACCUGUAUAUGUCAUUGGUCACCACAUUAUGUAUUUUAUAGGUCUAGCAAAUAAAUUCAAUGAAUAUUUCUUCCUUUGCAAUGUUUUGUCAAUGAGCUAAAGCUCUCUCUUGCGAAGUAGUCCAGUGACAUUGUAAUUAUUAAUCAAACACAGACAGAUGACUUUUUAUGUGUGUGGUGAUUAUUUUAUUCCUCAUAAAUUGUGAUUUGCAAGGCGGCAGUACUUGUAUGAUCAGUUAAACUACAUGUAUAAUUCAUACAUAUACUUGAUUGUUAAAUAAAUCUAUAUGCGUCUAAUAUUUAGCAUGCAAAUAUGAUUUCUUUUGCAAAGGGAAACAUUUUAAAAGAAAUAUGUAGAAAAGGAAAUUGCCAUUAUAACUUGUUCAAAUCAUGUGAAAUAUGUACUUUCAUAGUUUUUCAAUUGCAUCAAUGAAAAUGAAUUUAAUCUCAUCUUGAUUAACCAUAACUUUCAAAUUAGAAUGAAUCUGCUGAAUGUAUAUUUGUGUAAUACACGUGUAGUUAAUGAAAUGAUAUGUGCAUGACUGAAUUCUAACCAUAAGAAGAACAAAAUUAUGUGCUUUAUUUAGAAGGUGUUGUAUGCAACCGCGUAGCCAGGAUUUAAUUUUGGAGGGGGCGGUAAAUGCACGCGAAGCGUGCCAACACUUACAGAGCGCGCGAAGAGCGCUCCCUAGGGGGUGGGUGCAGGUAGGGGGAGUUUCCCCCUCCCGCGCGAAGCGCGAAGCUUUUGGUGUUUCAUAAAUUAAAAUGAAAAGGAGCCGUCUCUCUUGUCUCUAUUACCUAUAUCAGCUCCAAUUCAGUUGACUAUAUUGUGAUUUUGAACCUUGUUUUCAAAAGUGAUUGUGAACGCACAAAAAGGAAUACAAUGGAGGAAAUUAAAAUCAUAAUAAACCCGCGCGAAGCGCGGAAGCUAAAGCGUUUGAUCAAUUUUUUUGCCAUGAAAAGGGUCCCGAGAAAAGGGUAUUCUCAAAGAUAUAUUGAAUACUUCCCUUGGAAAUAUCAGAUUUGAUUACAAACAAUUUAGCGACAGUGCAUAUCUUUAACUCGCAAAACAGAGGAAAAGAAGUGUAUAUGCAGGGAGGAAGAUAUUCCUCCCCGCGCAGAGCAAUAAAACUCUGAAAUUUCAAAGGGCGGACGUUUCAUCAAA